AUGCAGCAAAUUAAAAGUACCCGGUACAGUCAAAGUCCCGGUCAACCCUGGGGCACUCCAGGUCCUCUGUACAGCUGCCUCCACGUCCUCCACGUCUGUCCUCCCAGUCGUCACACAUUUUCCUUGUUCUUCGCACGCCCCCUCCCCUCCACCCCUUGCAACAGCAUCGCGGCGACGCCGAAACUAGACGCGCUACGAGGUGACAAUAACGACGCUAACAACCAUCGAACGGACUGGACGGACAGCCUGUGCUGCGUUGCGCCGCAGCGCUGCGAUGCGAUGCCGCAGGCGCAAGCAAUCGGAGCCCGUGGGUGGGUUCAAAAGGCGAGCCGUGAUCCUGCUUGUCGGCCCUCGACGGCCAUCUUGGGCGAGGGACUGGGCAAACAGUUCAGUUCAGCACAGGCACGCGACGACGACGCUCAUCACGAACCAGUCACAAGUCUUUCUGCUUGGUGCCGUGCCACCGAGCAGCAUACCGAGCCCGUGAAGCGAUACAGUGUCUGUGUCUCUCUGCUGGUGCUGUCUGCCGUGCUGCCGCGGUUGGUCCAGCCCAGCCCCAGUCCAGCCUCGGUCACGUGGGAGCCUUUACCGUCCGUCAGCGCCACUGGCCAAGGAGAAGCCGAGAUCAAGAACUCCCUCUCUGAAUCUUUGCCUUCAAAGAACCGCCGUGGUACUUCUGCCCCUUCACAUUUUCUGGGGUUUGUCUCGUGUUGGGAGGCCCCUUGGAGUUUGGGAUUGGAGAUCGGCGUCGGCUUUGAGCGUUGCGCGCAAUCUGCAGACUGGCUCGACACUAUCGCGGCAUCACUUGGCCAUCGCGACUCGGCAAUCCACCAAAUCCUGCAGCGCUUGUCGAGCAUGACGGAGGGAUUGUCAUCACCUGCUUUGCAGGUAAUCAUAUUGGGUUCGGGAGGAGGUCCCCAAGAGUCAAAUACAACGGCGUUUCUCGUUCGCUCAGUACCAUUGAACUGGCGCAAGGGUUCAAUAGUGGCCGUUGACGGAGGCGUUCACUUGUCGGCCAUCACUCGUCUCAUCGAAGAGGCCUUGCCAGAGUCGCCGCCGCCGACACCGACGCCGUCGUCUGUUCCCGCUCGCCAAAUACUAACCACCGGUCCCUUUGCCGGCCUGGAAUUGCCGUUCACCACGGCUGCGGCAAACGCUGCUCAUGUGACUCGCACCCUCGUCGACACCUAUCUCAUCACCCACCCGCACUUAGACCACAUCUCUGCCUUUGUUAUCAACACGGCAGGCCUGCCCGGUACUCGCCCCAAGAAGCUAGCAGGCCUUCCGGGCACUAUCAAGGCUCUCAAGGAACACAUCUUCAACAAUGUCAUAUGGCCAAAUCUUAGUGACGAAAAUAAUGGAGCCGGUCUCCUGACAUAUCUUCGACUGGUCGAGGGCGGAAGUCCUGCGCUGGGCGAAGGAUAUCUGGAAGUGUGUGACGGGUUGCUCGUCAAGACAUGGAGUGUGAGCCACGGCCACUGCAUGGAGAAGCAUUCACAUCGUGGUUCCUUCUGCCACCCAGCGCCGACUCGUCAAGGUAGCCAGGAUGGGUCAAGUAUACCGCUUCGACGUGAUACCUACUACCCGCAUGCUCAUGACUUUGCGGCUCAAUUCGCUCGUCGUGAAACCUUCAACCAUCUUUACCCUCCCACAUCCUUCUCACGGCGCCAGAGCUUGAUGCCCCAGGGCAUGGCCACGCCCAUAUUUGGAGGAGGGGGAGACUUUGAACCACGGCCCUGCGUCAACGACUCCAGUGCGUACUUCAUUCGGGAAGAAACGUACGAGCGUGAGGUGCUCAUUUUUGGAGACGUGGAGCCGGAUAGCCUUUCUCUCAGCCCGCGGAAUCUACUGAUCUGGCAAGAGGCGGCGCCCAAGAUUGCAUCCGGAAAGUUGGCGGCCAUCUUUGUCGAGUGCAGCUACACUGACGCACAGCCCGACGAGCGGCUAUUCGGUCACUUGAAACCCGCCUACCUCAUCGAGGAGAUGCAGGUUCUGGCAAACGAAGUAGAGGCCGCACGAAAGGUCCGUGCCCUUGAGUCUAAGAAGCGCAAGCGGGACGCCGAGGAGGACGCCGAAGUUCAGCGGAAGAAGGUGCCGGUUGUGACGAUGCAGAGCCCCGGGUCUGAUGACCCCGUAUCUCCCAAGUCGGCCAAUCCGUACAACAUGCCCAACGAUUAUUAUUUCAACGCCAAAGAGUCCGACUCCGAGACACCGCACAUUGCCACCCCUACUGGGGAGCUAUCACUGGACGAGUUUGCGGUUGAUGGCUCGAUGAUACCGCCGCUCACGCCCGCCAUUACUGCCGCCGCUGAUUCUGCUAUAAAGAAGCCCCUCGAAGGUCUCAAGGUCGUCAUCAUUCACGUCAAGGAGACGCUAGCAGAUGGGCCGCAGGCCGGUGACUCAAUAUUGAAGGAGCUGAACGAGCAUGAGCGGGGAGCACAGCUGGGCUGUGAGUUUAUCAUUUCCAAACCGGGCCAGAGCUUUUACUUUUGA